CGAAUAACCCCCCUGACCGAAUAGCCCCCCCCCAAAACAAAUAAGCCCCCGGUAUGCAUCGGUUUGGGUUUUCAUAAAAUUUUUAUUGGUUUUUUAUGAGUGAUAAACAGAAUAACAAAAUAUUGAUAUUCUUCACACAUAUUAAAAAUAUCAAACUGAAUUGAUGCAAAAAAUAUUUACAUUACCACAUACUUUGAUAAACCUAACAGCACCUCAUUAUUUCAAAUACAUACGUCAUGACUCAAUUAGCAUUAUUAUUAAAACUUCUAAGUCCAAAAACUUGAGAACUGGUCAAGGUUUUUUUAAGAAAUAAAAAAAGAUGGACAAUUUUUCAAUCUCUUAAUGAUAAAUGAAAUUGUUAUUUUGUGAGAGAUAAGCUUUAUAUUUCUACAAAAAGAAAUAGUUUCGAAAAUGCCUGUCUUAUUAAAUUACUUAAAACGUCCUUUUUUUAAUCAUUGAUUUAAUUUGUUAAAGCUAAACUGGCUAUAAUACUAAAAACAAAAUCCGGCUGGCUAUUAGAUCAAAAUGACUCUCUCACAUCUGCAGCAAUAGGGACAAACUACAGAUCGAAUGCAGCUUUAUUUUAUGUGAAAGCAACAUAUAGAGAUGCAGUUGAUCAUAAGAACAAACCAUAUGUUAAAGGAUGUGACACAACAAAGAAGCAUGAAUCCAGUGAUAUGAUAUCUGAGGAUGGUGUAACGUCUGAUUCAGAAAAGAAAAGAAAACGUAAGCGUAAGAGAAAGUGUGCAAUGAAUCAUGGUGAAUUAAAAAUGAUAGCAUAUCAUCAGAAGCAUUCCACUUUCAUUGACACCUCAACUAAAGAACUUGUUACGCUUGGAAAAACGUAUUUUAACAACUUGAAUCAUACUUAUACUUCUAGUGUGCAACAUUCGGUGGAUGAAAUACAUUUGGCGUCCUUCUGUAGUGACUGUGAAUUUAUCUGCAAGCAACCAAUUAUACUUCAUUCUCACUCAAGUAAAUAUGAUGAUAUUUUUAAUCGUGUUGUCACUAAUUCUAACGAUGCAGCCCAUAUAUUUCAAUUUUCGAAUCAAUUUUACAUCAUUCCUGCUCAAUCCACAUUUAUAAUGUCUGAUUUUAAAGUGUUACCGAAUUUAUUGAAAGGUUUUUCAUAUGAUGUGAUAGUAAUGGAUCCACCGUGGGAGAAUAAAUCUGUGAAAAGGAGUAAGAAAUAUUCGCACCUACCCGAAUACGACUUAAAGAAGAUUCCCAUGCAACACUUACUAUCUCCAGAUGGUAUUAUCGUUGUGUGGGUAACGAACAAACAAAAGUAUCUUGAGUUUGUUAGAGAUGUUCUUUUUAAGCAUUGGGAUGUUGAGUUAGUUGCUCACUGGCACUGGGUGAAGUUGACAACAUGUGGUGAGUACGUAACAGAGUUCUCUUCAACACACAAGAAACCAUACGAGCCGCUUCUCAUUGGUCGAAGAAAACAAUCAGCUGUUGACAUACCGCGAGAAAGAAUCUUCUGUUCUUUACCAUGUUCUAUUCAUUCAAGAAAACCAACCUUAGACGAAAUAUUACGACCGUAUGUUCGCAACACAGCGUUGUGUUUAGAGUUAUUCGCAAGAAGUUUGAUUCCUGGUUGGACGAGUUGGGGAAACGAGACUAUCAAAUUUCAAAAUACAAAGUAUUUCUGCAAAAGCUGAGGUCGGCAAAAAUACAUUACACUAUUCUACAACUACCAUUGUUGUGUCACCCACGAGUUUAAAGAUAACAUGUACAACAUUGUAAGAAAGAAAACGAUGGAAGCAAAGAUUUCACUGCGAUUUAGUUUGGAGAAAACAUUAUUUUGUGAAUUAAUUUUAUAUUAUAAAAUUGUUUAGAAGUUUUCCCUUUUUUUACGAUGCUGUAUUAAAUGAAAAAACGAAUAAAAUGUUGUUCGCUAGAAA